CAGCCCAAGCUCGAUAGCGGGAGCCAGCCAGCGCACAGCUCUGUGAGGAAAGGAAAGGAAGGAGGGGUUCAUUCCUUCGCUCAUCCCUAUCCUGUAUGUGUGGUCAUUCGUGUGUUGCGUCCAGGUGGAGAGUGUGUUGUGAGGCCUACGCGCCAACAUUGUGUUUGAUGCGCACGACCGCCCACAGCUGGUGGACUUCGAACUGGUGCAGUUCUUCACCCCACAAAAGGUGAGUGGAUGGAGUGUCUGUCUGUCCAAAUAUGCUCUCUCCGAGGAAAGCACCGCACCCACUCAUGCACGGAGAGGGUUGAGACCAUUGUCUCUGUGUGCUCUGUCCCGUCAGCGUGAAUCCGACCGGAGUGCCAUUCUACAUGUCACGAGAGGUAUUUGGCCCUUUGGCUGCCAAGUCGAUGUGGCGAACGGUCCGAGGUCAGAAUGUCACACAACCUGCGGUCGGGGAUGCACGACAGCAAACCAGCUUGCACACACAUGUGGUUCAUCCCUCUUGGUGUGCAGAGCUGAUGGCGAGCUGUCAGCGGGGGUUGCGGCCGAGGCGACCCAGGCGGCAGCAGGAGGGUACGCACGGACAUGCAUAUGCGGUACACAGACCUGCACUCGUUUGCAUCAUGAGCUUUGCAGGAUCCGUGUUUUUGAGGACAACCAGACCGACGCAGAAGAGACCGAUGCCGAGAACGGCCAACUUCGAGGAAUCAGAAGCGGUUUGUCUGUCGGUACCUGUGUCUUUGUGUGUUUGUGUCGCAGGUUUCGUUGAGGUAUUCGUGGAUGGAGCAGGUUUGGAACACAUGCAGGUAUGCCCGAGUGUGUGUGGCGUCUGUCUCUUCUCAUCCACACACACAGCGCUCCCUGUGUGUCGUGUGCUGUUCAAGCAGGUGCAGCGGCAGGCAACAUUCGAGACCGCCGAUGCCAAUGGCAAUGGCAAUGGCAAUGGGAAUGCCAAGGAGGACAGCAGCAACGUGGGAAAGAUGCGACGGGCGAGCAGACUGACACCCACAAAUGGAAAAGACGGCGUGUAUUCGUCGGUGUGUCUGCUUUGCAGUUGUCGGUCUCCUCCCAGGCCAGUACGGUGCUACCGCCACACGGCUACUUUCGGCACCGGUCAAGCUUCCUGACACAGGUAGACCGAAGAGAGAGUCUCUCACCUCACACACACACACGAUGUCGCCACUCGUUUUGUGCAGAAGCAGGGCACGUUGGACAGUAUCCCCGAGGACCUCCACACCACCAUCAACAUGACCAUGAGCACCAGCCACGUAUGUGCAGUGUGCAUCAACACACGCAUGUCCUGUACACGUGUGGCUGUGUUUGUAGGGUUUGUGCAGCCAGACGGUGCCCUUGUUGCCGGGCGGACGGAUCGUCGGUGCGGUGAGCGCACACACACACGCAAAGAAAUAAAUGGAUGGGUGUGUGGCUGCUGCCUGCCUGCUGUGUGUUGUCAGCGUGUCGUCAAGACGCACAUCUCCUCCCACUACUUGAUGCCCAAGGUGAGUGAGUCAACCGACAACCAAACCUCCUCGCACACGCAUGCAUGGCUGCACGGCACACUUACGUACCGCUUCUCUGGUUCGCUCCUUGUGUGUGGUUGACCAGGUCGUGGCGCAUCGCAUAUACCUACCCACUGGCCGCUGUAAGAUGCACACACAGACAGACAGGUUGCCAUUGAUUCGUGUGUGUGUGCAGGGGCAGCGCCAAGCACGAAGGCCUGCUGCAGAUGAUAGACUAGAGGGCAUGUGGAUGGACAUCGUGUACGACAUCGGCAGGAAAGAGAUGGCACUCAAAAACGGUACAAAACAGAGAGAGACGAGGGGAGGUACAGUAGUCCACUUGCUCAAGGCUGACACCGACACGACACCCCUGCACAUCCGUUUCUUGUGGCGUGCUGUGCAUGCUUUACCACCCAUGCAGUCAGGUUGCUCAAGGACCGACGGACGCGGAGCAGCCUCACCACCCACACAGGACUCCGAGUAGCCUCACCACACACACACACACGAGGUACGUGCAUGUGGGAGGCAGAGAGGGAGAGAGGGAGGGAGGGAGGGGCUUCAGUGCGGGUCAGUCAUAUGUUCUUGCUGUCUGUGGUGUGGUGUGUUGGUCUUGUUCAGAUUGGUGCCAUGUACGAGCGACACUUGAGCCUCGAGGGCACGUGUUGACGUCGGCCUCGCCGGCGGCCCACAGCCCAUCGCCCGGCUGCUUCCUCGUCACCUCGGAGGCGGUCACCCUGGGCCACCCCGACAAACUCUGCGACGUGGUAGCGGACGCCGUUGUGGACGAGUGCAAGGCUUUGGACGCCGAGGCCCUGGCGAACGUCAAGGGUCACCUGCCUCGGUAAGUGUCACUCACUCCCCGCACCUCACUGCACCAGCGGCACUGCACCAGCGGCAUGUGCGUGUUUGUCGGCUGUCUUGCAGGAACGGUCAUGGUGUGUGGCAAGCUGCGAUGCAGAGAAGUCGUGGAGCUGGGCUUCGACGACGCGACAAAGGAACU